GAAGGUGGCGCCAUUGCACCAUAAUUUGUUUGAUAACAUUAAUCACAUACAAGAAGAAGUUAAAAAGAAAAACAUACACACACGAAUGCACGAUAGAAAGUACCAAACAAGACACAUGAUGGUCGUUAAACAAUCAAUCAAUGAUGUAUGAGACGGAGAGAAAGAUAAGUGGUGAGUUCAGUAGAACUAUUUUAAUAACAGAAUUCCUACACGUAGAGUAAGUUAUCCUAAUCACUGUGUAGCCUGCGUCAAAAUCCCAACGAGAGCGUUCAGGUGUUUGUACAAUUUUAAGAAGUGGUGAAGGAUCACUCACUGUCACCGCUCAUCUGUUUAGAAGGUGCACUUUCAGGGUUGAAUGGGACUUUGAUACAAAAAAGAGAAUCUCCUCGCACUUCAAGUCUUUUUGUGUAAAACUUCAUCAGGCCUGAUGAAGGUCUAAGAUGUUGGAAGAAUGCUAAAAUGAAAACAAGAGAAGCCAUCAGACAGAAGGUCAGACUACGGACAUAAACCAGUUAAACAGCAACUGCUGCAACAUAUGGCAGAAAGGACGAACAGGAGCAUCGCAUUACCAGUCAGACAGUCAAUGGAGGCUGUUGAGAUGUCAUCACCCCGUGAUGUGAAGAUGAAGGAAGAGUGGGACAACAUGGGUGGCACAGACUGCGAGGCAGCAUUAUCCAUGCCAUGGCCUAUCAAAUCAGAGCCUGACGUAGGCCUAUGCUUUUCUGAUCCACAGUCACACCCAAUAGAGACUGGUUGCUGUGGCCUGGAUAGCAGUGGGAAUGAAGUUAAGGUUUUGGACAUUAAAAGUGAGAUUGAGAGUUGUAGUGUGGGUGGCUCUGAAAACGAAUGUAAGCCUCUUGACAUUAAAACUGAGAUAAAGUCAGAGCUGACUGAAGAGUACCAACCUUCAGAACUUACUAGAUGUGUGGCGGAUUCACCAGAGAACCAUGUCAUGCCAAAAGAGGAGAGCAUUGUUGGCGAUGAGCCUGGCAGUGAUGCUCAGAAGGAUGCAGAGGGCAGUAUGAAUAUAAAGAGUCUGGAAGAAAUGCAGGAAGUUGAGUGUGAUGCUGAGGUGUUGAUGCCCAAAAAGAAAAGAAAAAGAUCUGAUAGAGGCAGGGACAAAGGACCUUUUCCCUGCCCCACCUGUGGAAUAUCAUUCACACUUCGGUGUAACUUGAGCAAACAUAAAGUCGUGCACAGCAAGGAGAAACCACACGCGUGUCAUCUGUGCGGAAAAAGCUUCUCACGCUCAGACUAUCUGAAGAACCACAUGCUGAUUCACACCACUGGAAAGGGAAAAAAACGAAAUAGAGGACCUAAAGCUUCAUGUGAUGUGUGCGGGAAGACUUUCGCUGACGUGUUUGUAUUGCGGCAUCACCAGAGAAGACACUUUGAGGACCGGCCCUUCAAAUGCGACCUGUGCAGCAAGGAGUUCAAAGUACGACCAGACUUCCUGCUACACCGGCAGGCGCACACGGGUGUUAAUUCAUUCAGGUCAUAUAUGUGCAAAACGUGUGGACAGCACUUCACCAGGUUGCAAAGUCUUCAGAAACAUCAGAUUGUCCAUACUGGUGAGACACCUUUCAGCUGUCCUCACUGCCAGAAGGAAUUUAAAUCUAAAUGGGGACUGACAUGUCACCUGAAGAAAUGCACAGACACACAACCUCUGUGGCGCCCACCCAUAAAGCCAAGGCCAAUCCGGCCAAGGCGACACGGCUGCCCACACUGUCAAAAGAAAUUUCAGAUGAAGUGGAUACUAGAACGUCAUUUGGUAACAUGCAAAGUGGCAUUAAUGUUUGGCAGUGAUGUUCAGAAGGAUGCAAAGGCCAGUGUGAAUAAGGAGAGUCUGGAGGAAAGACCGGAAACUGAGUGUGAUGCUGAUGUGGUGAUGCCCAAGAAAUCACACCAAGAUGGACGUAGCUCCUCCAGUAAAGCUGAUGAAGCAGCAGAGACUCUCCCUGAAAGCUCGAGGAAGCGACGUGGGAGAAAAAAGGGCACUGACAGACGCAAGGAGGAAGGACCGUUCCCUUGCCUCACAUGUGGAAAAUCAUUCAAAAUUCAGAGUUCCUUGUCCAGACAUAAAAACCGACACGCCAGAGAUGAAAGUGACAGAGUGUCAUGUGAUGUAUGUGGGAAGAGCUUCAUUGGCGUGCUCGCAUUGCGGCAUCACCAGAAAAGGCACACAGCGGAGGCCAAGGCCAGUGUGAAUAAGGAGAGUCAGGAGGAAAGACAGGAAACUGUGUGUGAUACUGACGCGGUGAUGCCCAAGAAAUCACACCAAGAUGGACAUGGCUCUGACAGCGAAGCUGAUGAAGCAGCAGAGGUGGUCCCUGAAAGCUCGAGGAAACGACGUGGGAGAAGAAAGACCAAUGACAGACACGAGGACAAAGGACCGUUCUCCUGUCCCACAUGUGGGAAAUCAUUCAAAUUUCAGACUUCCUUGUACAAGCAUGAAAUCCGGCACGGCAGAGACAAAAGUGGCCGAGCUUCAUGUGAUGUAUGCCGGAAGAGCUUUGUUAACGUUCUUGCAUUGCGGCAUCACCAGAAAAGGCACACAGAGGACCGGCCCUUCAAGUGCCACCAGUGCAGCAAAGAGUUCAAAGUUCGGCAAGACUUCACAUCUCACAUGAAGACACACACAGGUUUGAAGCCAUACGUGUGCAAAGAAUGUGGACAGGGCUUCACCAGGGCGCACAGCCUUCAGAAACACCUACGUGCACAUACUGGAGAGAUGCCUUUCAGUUGCUCUCACUGCCAAAAGAAAUUUCAGACAAAAUGGGGACUGUCGAGUCAUUUGAAAAAAUACAGAUGUACACAGAUGGACAACAGCUGGUGUGCACCCAUAAUGCCAAGGCCAACAGUGCCAAAGCAGCACUGCUGUCCACAAUGCAAAAAGAAAUUUAAGUUGAAACGGAUACUAACACGUCACAUGGAAAAAUGUGAAGUUGCAUUAACAUUGAGUUGACUCAAAAUAUGUAUAUUUUUUGUUAUAUGUUUUGUUUGUUUGUUUGUUUACACAUAUGCUCCAGCUGAAGACUCAUGGCUCAAUAAAAAUUGUGUGUGUA